ACGAGCAACACGAGUUCCUAGUUUUACCUGUGCAGACACCGUGUUGGAACGGCAGCUGCUGCUAACCUGUUUGGUCUGAAGAAAUAGGCCGAAUCUGAUCAAAGGGAGAGUAUGAAAAUACUCCAACGUCCAUUCUGAAGAGGUUUUCUGUGUUUACCACCUGCUGAAUGUUUUCCCACAUGGAAACAGGUCUGCUGAGGCCCAACUGAGACGCCCUGAAGCUGGAAGUGGAGACUUGGUGGAGGGUGGGCGACUGGAGAGACAGAGGUCUUCACAGGUGUUUCCUCUGAGCGUUGAGCAUCAAUUUGUGCAAACAUGAAUCCCAUGUGGAAGGUUUAUAAAGGCAAAGUGAUGAAGACUCUGAAUCCUGAGUAUGAGGAGGAUACUGCAGAGGAGGUCACAGAGGUAGAACAUGACAUGAGUCCAAUACAGGAGGAUGAAGGGCCCAACGCCGUCUCUCAGCUGGCCAAAAAGAUGCAGGGGGCCGGGGCUAAAAGCUGGAACAGGUUUUCGUCUCUCUUCAACAAAGAGGAUGAGCACCAGCUUCUGGAGGAGACCGAGUGCCCGCCUGUCGCUGACCACCCUCUCGCAGUAAAACCUGAAGAACCUCCUCGACCGACCAGGCGCAGUGGAUUCUGGGAUAGUUUUGCAACCAACUUUGCUGCAAAGAAGCAGGCCGAAGCUGCUGCUGCUGCUGCAGCUGCAAAUGAGGGUGUGGCAGAGUCAAGUGAAGAAGGAGCGACUCAGGCUGCAGAGGAGGAGCAGCAGGUCGGCCCGACUGAGGAGACGGAAGCAGGAAGCAGCAGCAACAACAGCUUCUCCAAAUAUGUGACGCUGGGAGGGAGCAGCGAAGAGGCCUCCUUUAAGUGGAACUUUGUUACCAGCAAGCUGGCAGAGCUGAAAACCAAGGGCAUGGUGAAUAAGACCAACUGAUCGCUACAAAGAUGUCUUCUAGCAUUCUUACAAAAUGUUACAGCAAAUCAUAUUUACUUUAACUUUAUUUCAUUAUAAUCUCAUUUGAUUG